CUCUUCGACUCGACAACUGUGACAUCCCCGCCAUUUCUGCCAGUAGAUUGCUCUGCCGCCUGUCUUAUCCUCGCUCCCACUAUUUGCAUUCUUUGCAAGGCCCAUUUCCAUACCCAAAACAAUGGCUUCAACCAAUUACAAGGAGGCUUUCUCCCUGUUCGACACGCGAGGCGUCGGCCGCGUCGUUCUCGACAAGCUCGGCGACCUCCUACGUGCCUGCGGGCAAAACCCAACACUUGCCGAGAUUCGAGAUCUGGAGAAGAGCGUGGGUGGUGAAUUUGACUUUGAGACCUUCCAGCGCAUCCUGAAUCGGCCGGGCGGCUUCCGCGACCCCGGUGAGCCCGAGGAAUACUGCCGCGGCUUCCAGGUAUUCGACAAAGACAUGACCGGCUUUAUCGGCGUGGGCCAGCUCAAGUACAUCCUGACGAACUUGGGCGAGAAGAUGACGGAAGAGGAGGUGGACGAGCUGCUCAAGGCUGUUGAUACCAGCUCCGGGCAGGUGAACUACACAGAGCUCGUGCGGACCGUCCUUUCCAACUAGAGGCGAAGACGUGAGGGGGACUUGGCGCUUUCACGACCAAGGGGCCGGCCAACGGCAUGGCGGGGAGACAGGGUUCUUUGCAUAGGUUAUGAUGGACGGCCGGCGUUGGAGUCUUGUGCAAUUCGGGAUUGUAUUG